UAAUACUACUGCUGCUAGUACCCCAACUACUAAUACUACCACUGCUACUACUACUACUACUGGUACUACUACUGCCAACACUACUACUACUUCUACUGCCAACACUACUACUACUGGUACUACUACUGCCCCUCUGGUGUGUGAGAAUGGCGGGAUGUUACUGGGCAGUGUUUGCAUCUGUCCUGAUGAAUGGACCGGACAGACCUGCUCAAAAGAAUAUUUCUGCAAAGCCAAGACGCUGGAUGAGUUCACAUUCCCGAGCACACCCGUCGGAUGGUUCUCCUACUCCGAGGAAGUCUGUGGCAAAGAAACCAAUAAUGCUGGUAAACCUCAGGCUGUCACCAGAUGUUCCCUCAUCACCAACGAAUUAGCGGUCAUCAACCAAACUAAUAUUGGGAAGUUGGCGUUGAACGCUCAAAUUCUAACGUCGCGACCGGAGGAGCUGACGACCGAAGACGUGACGGCAGCAGCUCAGAUCGCCAACAAACUGCUGGGGUCUGCACACGCCACCGAGAGUGUCAGAGUAGCAGCAGUAGCCACCGUUAGCCAGCUGCUCAACACCAACGCUCUGGACAACACCGAGGAAAACAACGACACUCUGGAGCUGACGAAGUCUCUGGACAAACUGUCUGUGAACUUCAGCUCCAACCUGAAAACAACCGGGUUUCAGGUGGUUCAACCGAACCUGGUGGUCCAGUCGGUACAAGUCCCGGCUGCCAACACUCAGGGAGUCCAGUUCACGUCUCUCACUGGAACAUCUGGCAGUUUUGUUGCCAACCGGAUUAGAGUCGACAACAACACGGCUACAGUUGUGGUGGAAAACGGGUCCAUAGCCGACGCCCUGAUACAUAUACAAUUUCAUCCAGCUGUCAACAGGCGCCAGGAGCUGUCGGACGUCUCGCUGGGCUUCGUCCUCUACCAGAACGCUCGGCUCUUCAGGUCCAGGUUGUUCAGGAGGCCUAACGCCACCGUCAGGGUCCUGUCAGGCACUGUCAGCGGCCUGUCAGUCGGAGAGUCCCGACGUGUGGAGAUGUGGAUCAGACCCACGCUGGAGAGCAAUAAGUCGCUGUACGACUUCUCCUGCGUGUCCUACGACUACAACGUGGACGACUGGAGCGUCGCCGGCUGCUCCAAAGGAAACGCUUCAGACGGAGUCCUGCGAUGCUCCUGUAACCACACCACCAACUUCGCUGUUCUGUUUUCGGUCAGACAAAUGUACACGUACGCAGACGCCCUGGACUGGAUCUCCACCGUUGGACUUUCACUUUCAUUUCUGGGUUUGAUGAUAACGAUCAUUCACCACAUUGGACACAAAAAUUAUCUUGAGAACUACUGGACGGUGACGUUCACGCUGCUGUGCAUCUGCUUCAGCCUGUUGCUCUUCAUCAUCACCUUCGUCUCUGGAGUUGUUCAGUCCAGCAGAGUGUACGACAAACCGCACAUCAAGUCGGACAGAAACGUCCUCCUGGACUCUGACCAGCGCGUGGAACCGGACAGCGGCUCGUGUACGGCGGUGGCGGCUCUGCUGCACUUCUUCCUGUUGGCAACCUUCAUGUGGAUCAGCCUGUUUGGCACCAUCAGCGUGCUGCAGAGGAAGGUGAACGACACGCCGCCUCCGUACUGGACUCCGCUCAGCGUCGUUGUUGGAUGGGGAUUUCCUGCCGUUUUCAUGGCGAUCUCACUGGGAGCAACAUACACCGUCGAUGAUCCUCUGGGAUACCGUCAGGAGGAAUUUUGUUGGCUCGCAGCUCUGGAUACGGACAAACAGUUUGAUUUCAGUAAACCGAUGUUCUGGGCUUUCGUCCUCCCAGUCGCUCUGACCCUCAUCUACAACAUCGCCAUUUUGGUUCUUGUCUCUUGGAGGAAGUACAGAGCUGUCUCACCGUCUGGCAAUGGAACCAGUUUCUUGGAUUGGUGGAAGAACUUGCAGUCCAGUCUGUUGCCGUCCAGUCUGUUGGGAGUGUUAGUGUGUCUGUCCUGGUCUCUGGGAUACGCAGUCCUCGCCACCACAGGACACGCCCACUUGGUCUUCAGCAUUUUAUUCUGCCUCCUGACAACCUCACAGGGAUUUAUGAUUUUCAUCCUCUUCACAGCCAUAAAGUCGGAAUUCAAAUCAGAUGUCUUGCAGUUUGUCAAGUACUUCCCACGCGUCACCCUCUCACGCUUCAACCUCUCCAACAUCCCACGCGUCACCUUCUCACGCGUCAACCUCUCCAACUUCCACAUCCCACGCGUCACCCUCUCACGCUUCAACCUCUCCAACAUCCCUCCUGUCACCAUCCCACGGCCAGGCCACAUGGGGUACAAGCUGCAGACGAUCUCGGCGGAGACCAGCAGCACCGAGACCUACAGGGGGCUGAGAGACGAGGACACGUCCAUGACCACUCGACUAUAGGAUCUGACCACGUCUAUAAAACUUCAAUCAAACGUGUUCACAGAGACUGAACUGGACACAAGGGGGCAGCAUCACUCUACUUUGACUCACAUAGGUCUGACUGAGUCCGGACUGGAUCAGAGCUCAGUAACAAACAGUCAUUUAAUUUUGUUAUGAACUCCAUAUUAAAUAUAAUACUUCUGUUCUUGUAUUUGACUUGAUGUAUAAAUAAAUUUCCUUUUUAAACCAA